GGUACAGCUGGUAGGGGCUACAGGUCCAAGGGAGAGGAUGGCACUGGAUGGUUCUGACAGUGACGCGUCGCUGUUAGACCACAGAGGGCUAUAAAAACGCUGACCUCAGCUCGGAUCACCGUUGUUCUUAAUACAGCACAACAGUCAGGAUGUGGGGGUUUGCAUGGACUAGCGGAUUGGCAAACACACGCUUCUUCUGUCCACCCUCUGUAAGGAAAGAAGGCUCCCAGUCAGUAUCCGAGAGAAAGGCUACUUAUUAUACAGCAAGGACUCCGGCCACAAAACUAGGCUGGGGAAGUGCCAAGCAACACAACUACUGCAAGGAGAGCACCAGCAGAACUGUUCUCGACAACAUUGAUGGCAACACACAGAAAGUACCUGGCUACAGGCCUUCCAGAUUUGACAAAAAGGUUCUCUUAUGGGCUGGACGUUUCAAGAAGGAGAAGGACAUUCCUGACAUAGUUUCGUUGGAACUGUUAGAUGCAGCACGAAACAGGGCUAGAGUGAAGACUUGCUAUCUCAUGAUGGGAAUCACAGUUGUGGCCUGCAUUGUUAUGGUGGUAUCAGGAAAAAAGGCUGUUCAACGUCAUGAGUCCCUAACUAGCCUGAAUCUAGCAAAGAAAGCAAAGUGGAAAGCAGAAGCCAGGCGUGAACAAGAAAUGGCAACAGCUGCAUCUGCCAAGGACCAGUGACUGCUACAGUAUUUUAGACAACACUACAAGUCUUGCAGAAAGGCACACUUGCUUUAUAUAUAUAUUGAGGAACGUAGUUUUCCAAGUUAAAAAUCAAGCAGUUUGCAGAAAAAGAUAUUUUUUCUUUAAAUUCAUAAUUAUUGUAACUAAUGUAAUCAUUAGAAAAGAGCCCCGUAUCUGUAAGUUGUUGGUCUGCGUGGUUUAGCAAGUAUACAGAAUACUUGUCUGUACUGCAUCUUCAUAAUUUUAUGUAGAUGUAAAAGAAAACUCAAGAUUUUACUAGCAUUGUACCAGUAGCUAAAACGUCAGUCAUGAAAGGUAUCAUGUAAGUUUAAUUCCCCCAUGGUUAAUACCUGAUUGUAUGGCCCAAUCAGUAAUACUGCCUGCCUGUGCAUUCCUAAAUAUACACAGAGUCGUAAUUGCAAUGUUUUAUGCUGUUUUUUUUUAUUUUAUUUUUUUUUAUUUACUGCACAACAGAGGGCAUGAAAAUA